AUGUUGGGCUCCCUCGACUGUAUGCACUGGGAGUGGAAAUACUGCCCAACUGCUUGGCAUAAGCAGUUUGUUGGAAAGGAGAAGACACUGACAAUAGUGCUAGAGGCUGUCGCCUCAUACAACUUAUCCCAUCUGUUUAGGGACCUCGCAACUGAGAAAACCCCAGUUGUCAAUUACUCCAUAAAUGACAACAAAUAUAACAUGAGGUACUACCUAACAGAUGGGAUAUACCCUACAUACGGUGCCUUUGUGAAGGAAAUUUGCGAAGGCACAGGAGGGGUAAGAAAAGAUGUUGAGUGCGCUUUUGAUGUUGUCCAGGCACAUUUUGCCAUAGUCUCUGGACCAUCCAGAAUGUGGGAUAGAGACACUCUUCAUGAUAUCAUGACAGUGUGUAUUAUAUUGCAUAAUAUGAUUGUUGAGAAGAAGAGAAAGAGCAUGGAAAUUGGUCAUGCAGAUAAUAGUGAAAGGAUAGCAGACGAAAGAUAG